UAUUGACACACACUGGUGAGACAGACAGAUAUAACCAUGAUCCUGAUGGGUCGCAGUUUGUGUCUUCCUUCUCCAGCCACUGUCCAGGGGCUGUUCUCUGUGGCUCGAGAUGCCAGCAUCAUCCCUGACAUCUCCCUGGAUCCGGUCCUCACCACCUUCUUGUCACUGGACUCCUCCGCUGCGCUGCAGCAUCAGUAUGCCUUCUUACAGCGGAGCAUGAGCAGGGAGCAGCAGGCAAAAUUCAGCCUCAGCCUGACUGGAGAGCUAGGAGGCAGCAGCAGGGUCACCUAUGGAGGAGUAGGGGUUGUUGCUCUGGCUCUGUCCAUGCUUUUUGACCAGGUUGCCCAACAAGUCCGAACACAAAGAUCAACAGAGGGGGACCUAUCAACUCAGAGAUCCCAGGCUAAGAGGAUUUUUGGCAUCAGCAGCUCCUCAAAAAUCGGCUGGCUCAUCCACAACUACCUCAGCCUGGUCCCUGGCAUUGCCAACAACCAGGAGAAGAUGGCUGAGACUACAGAGCUCUAUGACAGCUGGCUGAAACUGGAGCUGAUUGACCACUAUGAGAGGAUGACCACUAAGAAGAGAAUGAGCUCAGUGUCCAUGCAGCAGUGGGUGACAGGAGCUGCAUUUCAUCUGCACAUGAGAAUCCACCAGGUCCGGCUGCACUCUGUGCCAUUAGGAACAGCAGAGUCGCUGCGUCUGUCCUAUAAGACGGGGUUAAGUCGCCUGGUUCAGGGCUACACAGCCUAUCUACGCAGAAACAUCCAGGAGACUGCAGCUCCAGGUCCACGAAAACCCAAAACCAGGACAGCCAGUGGUCCGAGACAAACUAACACAUCUAGCGUAACCAAUAUGGCCUGCUCAAGUAAUUCUGUUUUAAAUGUUAGCCAGGUCAGUCCUGCGAGUAUCUCAACUGAUAGAUUUAAUGAGACUAUUGCACCAAAUUCAACUGCUAAAAUGGGCAGAAGCUGUAAAACAAGUGGAUCCAGAGAAGACUUUGGAGUCAAUGUGUUAAAAGCAAGUGAUGAAACCGCUGUAGGUAUGGUAAACAGCAAUUCAACUGGAUUUAGCAGGGAGGAGGAUGUCGGCAUGCUAGGCCUGUUGGUCAUUGAGUCAUGGAGCAAUGUGAGUCACAAUGUGCAGCACCACCCCUGUGAGUCUCCAGCCAUACAAGAAGCUUUGGUGACCCGUAUUAUAAAUGCUCAGGACCUGGAGAGGAACAGAAACUUUUUCCUUUACCCUGAGAAAGUUUUCCACAGCCUGCUCAGGCAGAAGAACGACUUUGAGUUAAAGACAAAUUAGACUUAAAUGUGUGCGAAUAAAUCUUCAAUCCCAUAAUUGAACUUAACAUCGUGCUAUUAUCCUUAGGAAACUACUAUAACAUUGGCAAUUUUUUUAGUAGCCUAGGUGUUAUUCCCCUUUCACUGACCACAGAUAUGAAAAUCUAUGGUUCUAAUCAGCACCUUAACACCUCAAUCAACAGUUCAACACAAACUGAACAUUAUGGCCUUGGACUGUUAGGUGUACUUAACAAACUGCUCUGUACAUCACAUGUUCUGUGCUCUCUUUUACGAAAAGGGGAAAUUAAUAUUUUAAACACUGCAUGUACCUGACAGAAUGUUAUGUUUUAUGAAGAAUUGUUUGUUCUUUUUAACCUGUAUUUGCAUAAACCUGAGCGAGACACUGAUUAAUAACAGCCAGACAGAAGCCUUCAACACAUUAGCUGGAUUUUGCUCACAAUAACUUUACACCUGAUGGCAAAAGCUAAAGGGCUUUUUCACAAUCUCCAACAACUUAUUUUCUUGUCUAACUUGUCUAAUAAUAAAAAAUAUUACCAAUCAAUUAAAA